AUGAAGAACCCAGCCCAGUUCACCCUUCUCACCGUCGCCCUGCAGGCAGCCUCCAUCCAUGCCAAGGAGUACCUCAAGAACGUGCCCACGUUCGAGGUCGGCAGCGACGCAACCAUCGUCGGAGGUACUAUCUCGUACUCCGAUCCGGAUUGUGGCCCCAGUCUGCAGUGCAAGACCACGCGGUCCUGCGCCGCGAUGGGCACCGUGCCCACCCUCAGCGCGGACAAGAAGCACUUUGCGUGCUGCAUGCCCACCCAGUCCCUUCUGGGCUCUCCGGACACGGCCUUUGACUGCUGCGCCAUCGGCCACGACCUCGUGGGCUCCCCGGCCGCCGGCUACUACUGCUGUCCCACCGGCUGGACCUGGGACGGCCGGCUGUGCCAGAUGAGCACCGCCCCGCCAGUCUGCAAAAACGGCCAGGUGCUGGUCGAUGGCAAAUGCGUCUGUUCGGCGGGCCAGACCGAGCAGGCCGACGGCUCCUGCAAGGCGCAGGCGCAGGCCCCCGCCGUGGCGGCGACUGAUGCGCUCUGUGACUCUGGCCUGACAACUGGCAAAUGCUACCUCUUCACCGGCUCCAACGGCAAGACCCUCGGCUCCGGCGCCGACGGGAUCUACUACGCGCACGACGACGACAUGAACUUCCACUACGGCAAGUUCCAGCUGUGCGCCGACGAGAACUGCACGGCCAACGCGCCCGUGAACCCCGGCUCGCUGGUGUACAUCCGCGAUCUGACCGGCGACCCCAAGACGGGCGCCAACGCCGGCCAGUGGCUCAACGACGCCCGCGACGGUGCGCACAUCGGCAAGACCAAGACGUUUGCGCGCGCCGGCCGCUUCGCGCUCACCGCUUGGCCGUGCGGGAAGUACUGUCUCGGCGGCGUCGAGCAGGGCAUCGGCCCGGCCUGUCCGGCCACGACGCCCGCGCUGACGUUCUUCUCGCAGGACCCGCAGAUGUGCGUGCCGUACGAGCUGACCGAGGUGCCGUGCGAUGUGAAGGCCGCGAGCAACAGCUGCGUCUGGGGGCGCGGCCGCGAGCAGCACUGUCCUGCGAAGGUGACCUGCAAUGCCUAG